AUGGCGGCCCUCGAAGGACAGGACUUCCACAUCACCGUCUACAAAAGGAGAAAACGAAGGCACAGCGAGCACGGUGGCUUGGCCUCGGCCCCACAGCCGCGCGCGGCAGAAAAGGAGGUUCAACCUGACGUGGUCUGGCUGCAGAGCCUGGGCUCAGAACCACAGACCAAGGCAAAGGUUUCCCAACCGAUUCUCAUCUUCCGGGUGAGGCGCAAGUCUCCCCAGUGCCAGGAUUGGGCGACAAGACUUUUCCUGGCCAGGAGCCUUGGGACACAGGAGCCAGAAACCAUGCUGCUGUGGCUGACCCUUACCAUCCUGUGGAGGACCACCUGCUGGGCAGACCAGAUGUAUGGGAAUGGAGGAGGCACGUAUUUCAGUUCCUCUAUCGACAAUAAAAAUGACAUAUCUGGGAUCCGGGUGUCUAUAAGUCCUAUAGGCAUAAUUAGGAGUAUCCAGCUGAAAUAUGGAUCCGCCUGGAGCGAAAUAUAUGGCAUCUCAGGUGGGAGUGCCCAGGAGUUCAUCCUGCAGCCAGAUGAAUACAUUACAGGGGUAGCCGGCUCACACAGGGUCUACCUCCGCUACCUGGUUGUAUAUACCAACUUGGGGCGCCAGGCCACAUUCGGGCAGGACAGUGGCCGCAGUUUCAUCGACUACCCCGAUGAGCCCGAAAAGGUGCUCACAGGACUCUUCGGCCAGGCUCAGCUCCUUGGCAUCACAGGCAUCGGUUUUAAGUGGGAUUAUCCUCUAGCAGAGCUGGAGUCUAUACAACAAAGCACAAACUAGAAUAUUGCAGGGACUCCCUGAGACGCCAAGGUCUCGGCUUGGUCCCUGGUCAGGGCACAUACAAAAAUCAGCUAAUGAAUGCACAAAUCAGUGGAACAACAAA